AUAAGACGGGUCAUCAGCUGGUGGCCCAUCUUCCCCGUGAUCGCCAUGUCUUCCAAAUUUGCGUGCUUUUACAAAGAGAGAACCACAGUUGAAAACCCCGCAUAAAGUAAUACUAUUGGGAUUUGAAAACCAUGCAAUUCAUUUGGACCGUAUCUAUAUGUUCAUUAGCUUAGAGGAGAGCUGCCUAUAGCACAGCCCACUGUCUGGCCUGUAAGUUCUUCAUCACGCUAGUUCUUGCAGAGAGCCUGGUUCCACUGCGAUGACGAGGACUCCUUGUUGUGAGAAAAUGGGAUUGAAGAAGGGACCGUGGACUCCUGAAGAAGAUCAGAUUUUGAUCUCUUACAUCCAACGAUAUGGGCAUGGAAACUGGCGGGCUCUUCCUAAACAGGCUGGUUUAUUGAGGUGUGGGAAAAGUUGCAGGCUUCGUUGGAUAAAUUACUUGAGACCUGAUAUAAAACGAGGGAAAUUCAGCAAGGAAGAAGAAGAAACCAUCCUCAAACUGCAUCAAAUUCUUGGAAAUAGAUGGUCUGCUAUUGCGGCGAGAUUGCCAGGACGAACAGAUAAUGAAAUAAAGAAUUUUUGGCACACCCACCUGAAGAAGAGGCUGGAAAGAUGCGAAGUGCGUAAAGUAAGUGCGCCCUCCUCUUGGACACAAGCAUCUUCGAGCAAAGGGGUCGUGAUGCUACCUAUGCCACAGUUAGCAGUAGCAGCCUCGGAAUCAUCAAGUUCUGCUGAUCUUGGCUUCACUGGCAAAGUUCUGAUGAGUGCUAAUGAGGGUUUAGCGUCAAGGAAAUAUGCGGCCACGGUGGAUUCAGGAUUUCAUGGCGCACAUUCUGGUGAUGCAUCUGGGGAAACCCUAGGCGGCCAUAGAUCUAACAACAUCAGUGAAGAAAUGGAAUUUUGGUAUGAUCUAUUCAUGAAAGCCGGACAGCCGCCGCAAGUGCAUGCAAAUCUCGGACAGAUUGCAUGAUUUUUUUUUUUUAAAUAUAAAUCUUGUCGUGCUUGUGUACAAAGUUUAAAUUCACUUCAGCAUCAAUAUAAUAAAUGUUGCCGCAAAGGCAAAAAAAAUUAGUUUAAAUUC